AUGGGCGUCACUAUCGAAACUCUUGUUCCAGGCGACGGCAAGACCUUCCCCAAGAAGGGUGACAAGGUUACCAUUCACUACGUUGGUACUCUGCUCGAUGGCUCCAAGUUCGACUCUAGUCGCGACCGUGGGCGCGUCGAUGAUCUCGAACGAGGCGCGGUUCUGAUUAUCGAUGCGAUUAUCGAUUUAGGCGUCCCGCAACUAUCACUCGGACAGAAGGCCGUCUUGACGGCCUCUCCGGAUUAUGCCUAUGGCAGCCGCGGCUUCCCUCCUGUGAUACCUCCCAACUCGACACUCAAAUUCGAGGUUGAACUCUUGAAGAUCAACGGCGUUGGGAAGUAA